CCCUCCUCUCCGCUUCCUCCGCGGAUGCUGCAGUCAAGUUGGCCGCGCAUGCGCACUCUCGGUCCUCUUUUUGCUCGGAAGCGCCCCAGACCCAUCGCACCAUGGCAGAUCCCGAUCUUGACUUCACGACUGGUGAGUCUGGCGCCUCCGCCACCUACCCCAUGCAGUGCUCCGCCCUGCGUAAGAACGGGUACGUGGUGCUGAAGGGACGUCCCUGCAAAAUUGUGGAGAUGUCCACCUCCAAGACCGGCAAGCACGGACAUGCCAAGGUUAACCUGGUUGGUAUCGACAUCUUCACCAACAAGAAGUAUGAAGAUAUGUGCCCCUCCACUCACAACAUGGAUGUUCCCGCCAUCAAGAGGACAGACUAUCAGCUCGUUAACAUCGCUGAAAGCUAUAUGUCCUUGAUGAGCGACAACGGUGACAUCAGAGAGGACCUGCGCGUCCCCGAAAGCGACAUCGGCAAGGAAAUUGAAUCAAAGUUCGAGGCGGGUGAAGAAUUCAUGGUCACCGUGAUUUCUGCCAUGGGGGAGGAAUGUGCUGUCGCUACCAAGGUCUUGGCCAGCAAAUAGGGAGAUGGACUUUGCUGCCCAGGCAACAAGCACCACCCACAACCAGUCUCCUGCAUUCUCAUUGGUUCUGUCACCAAAGCGUCGGCCUUCACAGACAACCUCAAAUCAUUCUGUUGUAAUUUCUCUCUCAUCAAUGAUCUUUUUAUCCCCUCUCCCUCGCCUCCUC